CAAGCUCUUGUUUAUGAUUUCAUGUUAAAUGGAUCUUUGGAUAAAAUCAUAUUUACAGAAGAAAAUAAGAAUACUGUGAGCUGGAAAAAGAUAUUUGAGAUAUUGCUUAGGGUGACUAGAGGAAUCAACUACUUGCAUCGAGGGUGUGACAUGCAAAUUCUGCAUUUUGAUAUCAAACCACACAAUAUUCUUCUAGACCACAAUUUUAAUCCAAAAGUUUCAGAUUUUGAUCUUGCUAAACUAUAUUUAGUAGAUGAUAGCAUUGUGUCGCUCACUGCAACAAGGGGAACAAUAGGAUACAUUGCUCCAAAAUUGGUAUACAAAAACCUGGGAGGCAUCUCAUACAAAGCCGAUGUUUAUAGCUUCGGUAUGUUACUAAUGGAAAUGAUGGGAAUGAGAAAGGAUGUGAAUGCAUUUGCUGAUCACACCAGUCAGAUCUAUUUUCCGUCUUGGAUUUUUGAUCGAUUGGAUCAAGGUGAGGACAUGGAGCUCGGAGAUGCUUCUGCUGAUGAAAAUUCAAUGGUGAGAAAGAUGAUAAUAACAACGUUUUGGUGCAUACAAUCACUGCCUGCAGAUCGUCCAUCGAUAAAUAAAGUGUUGAAGAUACUUGAAAAUAAGGAUGAGCUACCUGAAAUGCCUCCAAAGCCGUUUCAUCAACCUCCCCUUGACACACCAAUGGAGGCUAAUGGUUGUGAGAGCCAUAAUAAUGAGCCAAGUACAUCAAUGGAUUCUAUUACUAUAACCAGUACAAAUGUAGUUUGA